CCAUAAUUACCUAUUUGAAGUUUCUAUAAUGACGACUGACUGUUUAUGUUGUCAUUUUGAUUUUUGAAAUUUGUUUGUUGUGUAAAGUUCUAAUAACUACCUAUUUAAUAUUCUUGUGCUGUGAUUGUGCUUUACAAGUUUCUUCAAUCUUCAUUCUUGAAAUUGAAAUUGUUUAUUCAAAACAGUCGUUUUUAACGCCAAUUUUGUUAUAAACAAAGCAAUGUAUUUUAAAUAUACAGUUAAAAUUUAGCUACUGAUAUAAGUCUUCUCUGGGAUAAACCUUUCUAAACAACGAAUGAAAAUACUGGGUCACUUACCCUUGAUCAUGAGUAACAACUGCCUUAUACAGAAAACCUUAUUUUAAUUGGUUGUAUCAUUGCCAAUGCAAGAAAAAUUAACUGCAUCAUUGCUAUUAUUUCUUUAUAUCAAAGUUCUCAUAAAAUUUUUCUUUAAAAAUGUGUGAAAUUCUGCAAGCACUCAGAGAUCCACUAAAAGAUAUAGAAAGCGAAUAUGUAAAGAAUACUGAUGAUAUUUAUAAAGCAGCUGAACCCACAUUAUCAGAUAUGCCAGUUGAGAUCAUUUUAAAAAUAUGUUCCUUCCUAGAUUGUCAUUUUUUAAAGUAUACAUUUAGUAAGGUCUGUACAAGGUUUGAGGAUAUAUUGGCUGAUGAUCAUCUAUGGAAGUAUUGGGUAAAUAACAAAAUGAAUGGUUGUUUUCCCGCUUUACCAAAUUUGAAAAUAUGGGAUGAAGUGCAAAUUGAUUGGGAGGAAGUAUGUGUUGAAAUAGAUUCUGAGAAAAAGAAAUGGACUGAUGUUGAGAAUACAACACAACACAUAAUAAUAAAGGACGUUCACUAUGCUUCUGUGGAUGCAGUGCUCUUGUUAAAUAAAGGUGAAACAUGUAUAUCUGGAGGAAGAGAUAGAAGUUUGGCGAUGUGGAACAUACUGGAGAUGAGAUCUGAUAUAGAUAAUAAGCCUACGAAGAUGAGACAUGACGCUCAUGCUGGCUGGGUUUGGGAUCUUGCCGCUGACAAUAAAGACUGUGCUUCAAUUGUAUAUUCUGCCUCUUGGGACAAUACUGUCAAAGCAUGGGAUUUAGGUGCUGAGUUUUCUUGUGUGGAAACCUUUCGAUGUGGUAUGACUGCUUUAUCUGUUGUAGCGUGGAAUAAUAUUGUAAUGGCUGGACUAUAUUCAAAUAAAGUGCUGUCUUUUGACUUAAGAUCAGGACCAAACCCAAUUAGUUUUUAUAAACCUCACAAAGGACCAAUAUUAGCUCUUAGUGCAUACAAAAAUAUGGUUGCAUCUGUAAGUGAAGACAAGACGUUAGCAAUAUGGGAUAGAGUUGCAGGGAAAAUGAUUAAACACAACAUAAAGAUACCUAAAGAAAAACAAUACCCUGUCUGCGUUAAUAUGAAUUCAUCAGCAAUAUACGUAGGUGACUCUACAGGUUCACUUCAUGUUUUUAGUCCUGAAGAUUUUGUUUACAUUAGGUCCCAUGAAAUAUGGAAGGAAACUCCAAUUGUUGAACCAUCUCAUAAAAUUGCUGGUUGCUAUCAAAGCAAGGGAAAUAUGAUUCUGUGCUCAGAUCAAGGAGAAGUUAAAUUUUUAUACAAUUGUUAUCCACCUCAGGAAUAUUAUAGUAUUAAAACAACUACUAUUGAUGUAACAAAGUUACAAUAUCAAAAUGGCAUACUGGCAGUUGGGACUUGUGACAAUGCACUUGAAUUUUGGAUCCCAAAGAAGGAAGCACUAUCAACAGAUAAUAUAUGAAAGUUUAAAAAAGCAAAUUAUAUUUAAAAUUAUAA